AUGGCUACUAGAAGCCUGAAAAGUGGUGCUGAUGUGAAAAGGAAUGAAGCCGUAUCAUUGAACGAAGAAAAUGCUCCUCUACACGAAACUCCUUCUCAAAUACAACACAAGACUAAAUCUACUGUCGUCAAGAUCGCUCUCUUGACCACAUUAUGCCUCGAGAACCUCGUUGUGUUUGGGGCGAUCUCAGUGCUAGCGCCGUUCUUUUCUACAGAGGUAGGUAUAUGUAGAAGAUGACCUUAUUUGAUUCUAUAGAAAUUUAUGCCAGUGAAGUGGAAGAGAUUCACACUUAGGAAAUUUGUGGGCUUAAAGAGAAGUUUUUCAUACAGUGGAGUUCAGUUGUGGUGACUUACCCACAGAAGGUAUUCGAAAGUAUUCAAUAUAAUCACUAAAGUGUUCACUUAUUUUUUGUGCUCAACAAAACCAGUAAGAGUAACGGAUGAAUGAUAGCUGCAUGAUCAUCGCUACAGUUAUGUUUCCAUACGUUUUCACCCUGUCCUUAAACUCACCUCACCCCCACCCCCACCCCCACCCUCACCUUUGGUGUUACCCUUACCCUCGUUUUAGCAACUGCGCCGCUAUUUGGAUUUCGGAUAUUGUUUACCAUAAAACUUGGUGGACUAUAGCAUGGAAUUUCUUCAAGAGUUAAUCAUUUGAGAAGCUACUUCAAACACUGGAAACAAUGCCUUAUAUGGAACUAGUACUCCGAACCUCGAAAUAGGUUUUCAAACUCCUUUCUUGAUGUAAACGUGAGCUGUAGUUAACCGGUAUUACUGAACAAUUUUAUUUUAGGCGCUGCACAGAGGAGUAUCGGGUUCUGUGGUUGGAAUUGUUUUUGGAAGUUAUCCACUAAUAGUUGUCCUUUCUUCCCCAAUUAUUGGAAAGUUGGUUGGUAUCAGUUAUUAUUUUCAGAUUGAUACAAUAAGCCUGAGAUCAUUGUACAUUAUUAAAAUGGGGGAGGGAACAAUGCAGGUAUCUCUCGUUUAUUACCUCUAUGACAGUGUGUAAGUGAAAUUCUAGGCCAAGACGUUUAAAUGCGAGUUUCGUUUUUUCGUUUUUUGCGGGUCCAGUUUUAGAAGCUUUUAGCGGGUCACUAUGGUGUAGAAGCGUUGGCGGUUAAUAUCUUCGCUUUCUUUACAACUAACGGUUAAUUUCUCUCCAUUUCGGUUAACAGACAUUUCUAAAAUUGUCAACAGUUUAAAAAGUUAAAAAUUAAUUUUAACUAUAGGAAGUUUAACUGUUAAUGCUUAAUCCCAAUGAGAUCCUCAUAUAUUUUAGGUUCUUUUUUAAGAAGCCCUCUCCCUCCUCCAACCCCACCCUCACUACCUCCACCGCAAAAACCGUUAUUUCCAAAUUCCAGUUUGAUCAGGCAGUUGAAGAACACAGGUUUGUCAGUCACGAACGAAGACCGUUAAUUUCGCAUCACUCAGUCGUAAAUAACUGGCAUAGUAGGGAAAGGGGGAUCAAGGUGCGCCCUUUCGUGCCCCUUAAUCCCUGCCGCUUCUUUCCCUUUCAAACAACAGUCACGCAAGUUCAGUAGAAGAAUAACGUACAUUGUUAUUUGUUGUUGUUACAGUGCUUACAUGUUAAAUAAAAGUGUAUACCACAUUUAACAGGUGUCAAAAUAUGGUCCUCGUCUUGUUUUUAUAUGCGGUAUUAUUGUUGGCAGCUCUUCCCUGUUUUUAUUUGGGUAAGUUAUCAUUGUAAAAUGGAAACAACUGUUAGGUGAAAAUUAAAGGUAACAUUAAACAUUUAAGCACCAGCGAUUUCACUCAGAGAUGUGACUGUAAUUUAAUUUUGGUUUUGUUCAAAAUGGGGCACUCUAUAGAGAGGGGAAGAGUGACGUCACGUUACCAGGGUAACCAACUUUCUGGAUGUCAACAAUCUUUCUUGACAGAGACGGCCAUUGGCAUUGUCGAACGAUGGAAGAAAAGUUUGGGCUAUCGCUUUGCUCCUGAUUGCAAUCAUGCAAAGAAUAGUCAUGCAUGUCAAUGUUUUCGAUUUUUUUUGCCAUAUUUGCAGGACCACGGUUUGUAGCAAUCCAUUCAUUUUGCUACCAUGGGAACGUGACGUAACGACUUCUUCUCUCUAUUAUUCUACUACUAAGGCGAGUUUUAACCGCUAAAAAACGUAGGCAAUCAGCAUUUUUGUCUAUGCUUUGACUAGAAUAGCUAGAAAAAAACGCAUCGUGUUAACAAAUGCCCUUUUCUUGUGUUCAUAGAUUGGGUGAAGUUAUUCAUAAUGCAGUGGCAUUCACGACAGUAAGUCUUUUUCUCAGGAUUAUGUCCGCUAUCGCAGGAGCAGCCCUCCAAACGUCCAAAUAUGCCAUAGCAAUGGAGGAGUUUCCUGAUGUGUUGACAACAGCUGUGGUAGGUUAUAAUGACUGCACGAAUCUUAUGAUUAGUUUGUUGAAGAAGAGCCUGUGUGGGAACAGUGGAUUUUGAAAUCCUUUUGUAAAAAAAAUAUUUAAACUGGGAUUUGGGUUUAAGGAUUCUGACACAAGAACAGGAAAGUUAUGUAAUUCCCAAUAACUAUUUUUAUUAACUUCAUCACCAUCAUCAUCAUUAUCAUCAGCGUCAUCAUUAUUAUCACUGUUGUUAUUAUUAUUAAUUAUCAUUAUCAUUAUUAUUUUUUACUAUUUUACUAACUGAACAGGUUGUAUUGGAAAUCUAUUUCUCAAAUUCUAAUGCAGGGUAUAACAGAGAGUUUUGGCGGUCUUGGACUGUCCAUCAGUCCCACUGUUGGAGGGUUUCUUUUCUCGGUAAGGAUUAAAUUGUUAGAAAAAAAAAAAAAGAAACUGCAGAAAGGCUUACAUCCUUUUACCUCACUCAACAACAGCUUCCUAGACCUUGAGCAGUCUCUUUAGAUGAUUCCUAGGUUUUUGCUGCGGGGCAUAUCUCACUGAGCAUAUCAAGAUGGUGGCCGUGAACAUCACGGAAAGAUUACUAAAAUAACGUUGAUUGAAGGAAAAGUUACUGAAAAUUUUCAAGAGACAGUUUUUCUGGGAGAGAUGAGUCUUCAUGGUUUCAGAACUGAUGUGCAUGAAGUAAACAGUAGGCGCGUUAAUUUACUUUCAUAGAUGUCAAGCCUGUGCCCUGCCACUACAGUUGGCAUAUAUGCUUUAUCUUCAUCAUACUGCGCCCAUAUUGCGAUAUCUUGAUGUUAAUUUCGUAAAACCCUAUUUUCAACGCUGUGCAUGCCGGUGGUGCACAAUUUCAGUGUGCCUUCUCACCAUAACGAGUAAGGUGAUCCCAAUUUUUAAUUUCAUGAUUUUUAUAAGAACAGUGUUUCCUUUCAAUGAGAAGAAAAUUUAUAGGAAAAUAUAUGGCCAGCUUUUUUGGCAAUUUAUCUAAAUUAAACGAAUUGAGCUAUAACGAGUCGAACAGACUAUAUCCAAAUUAAGUCUACCUUGGAAAGUGAAGUCAAAAAAAAGGUAUUCAAAGGCAUUUUUCUAGGGCGUAGGAGGCAGACUCUAUGCGAAAUUGCAUUCUUUUUGGAAAACAUUUAGCCCAUUUGUCUAGUUUGGGGUUAUGUGCGCUCAUUGCUAGGGGCGCUUAUAAGCCAAACUUGUCGUAUUGCACCGUUCCGCAGAGAAGAGCAUGGUAACCCCACGGUGGCCCUCACUAUGUUUUUACAUUACGUUUUUGAUUUGUUACAACAGAGUUCCAAGUUUCAUCUAAAAUCUUUGGUAAGUUCUUCUCCUAGGGAAUCACCUAAUGUUCCUUCAAAGCUACUGUAUUAGCACACAAAGCACGAGAACAGCAAUCGGCGAAGCCGCUAGGAGCGCGCGACGGCGUGAGCCUGAGCCCGUCAGAGAUUACGAAAAGCGCAUUUCCUUUCUCUGCGUGCGUGGCUAUUUUCUUCUCUGGCGCCCUAUGUUCGAUGAAAUAAGAGAUCAGAGAGGCUGGUUGUUGUUUUCUUUUUUGCCCAUCCCCCGCGUUUGUGGAAAAGAACUGCUUUCUAAAACAAUGUUCAUAUUGUGUAUUACAUUAGAUUGGCGGUUACAAGCUUCCGUUUAUUGUCAUUGGAUUUCUGAUGUUGUCUGUUUUGCCACUUGCCAUCUUAACGUUUCGUCUCAUACGAGAAAAGGACCAAGGUUAGGGAAAUUUUCUUGCAUUUUCUGUUUUGCAUUGCUAAAGAAUCGUGUUUUAAUAAAUGGGUGUCCGCGCUCGUGAUUUGUCAUCACUAGCUCGCAUCUUCAAUAUGAGUCUAUUCUGCCUGCAUUCAUCCAUUCUCCCCCAGUUUAAUGUGAGUUGUCUGCAGGAGACGCUGAGUUUCUACUUUCGUUUUUGUUCUUUUUCACCUUCUUUCAAUUUUGUUACUCACGUUUGUUUCGUGUUUUUUUUAUGAAGAAAACUCGACGUCUUUUUCUCUAAUAAGACAAACUGAAAGCAAAGACACACAUACACCAGCCCACGGCCUUGCCGAGAUGAGCUUUGCGACCAAACAACUUUGCGACCAAAACCCAAAACCAACCUGUAAUUAAGGUAGGAUAGGAGAAUUUCGAAUUUCUCCAAAACGAUUUUAAAAUUCUAUAGCCAUGAAAACUAAGCCCAGUAAAAUAACGAAGUCUAGUGUUGAUUGAAAUUGCAUCUUUAUGUCCAAGGCAAAACAACUGAGGUAAAGUCUCGUGAUUCCCAAACUGAAUUGCUCUAGAAGCCACGCACAGACUAAGAAGCUGUUCCUUUCCUGUAUUGUGCAAACGAGCCCAUGAAAGUUUACCAACAGAACGGGAACGUUAGUUGACGAGGGAGCGCUCAAAUCAAACAACUGGCUUGAGCAAUGGUAGAGAUGCAAAUUGGACACCUGAAGUCGCGUUUAGUCUUUUCCGCGCGCUUUCCCGUCAUCAACUGACGUUCCUGUCCUGGCGAUAAAUCAGGUUCAGAACGCAGUUCUCUGGUCACUCCCCUAACUAUGUGAAGCGGUCUAUCAGUAAAAAGCUCAAAGUAAGGUGAACAUAUGGCGAGGCCACGUCGGAACUAUUUAAAGAGUUUUAGACGAUUUUAAACGAUAACUGUUUUUCAUUUUACUCCUUGGUCACAGAAGCCAGCAACAGUCUAAAGAGAGAAACGGUAUCCAAAUGGCAACUACUCAAGAUACCAGAAGUUAUAAUCAUCGGUAUGUCCCUCAUCUCUCGAGCCCUAGACUACAUUUAGAUCUCCGUCAUUUGCAUCAGACAACAUCAAAUCUCAGAUAUAGGUUGCGGAAGGAAUCAUAGUGGCAACAGGGCUUCACUCUAACUACUGUAAAUUUUGUAACUAAACACCUAACGUUCUUAAGGUUUAUAGAAGGAGAGAGGCUUGAAAAUCCAAGAAAAUUUAAAUAAGAAGGAAACGAAUAACUAGGGAGGGGGGAAAAAACUUAAGAAGACCAAUAUACCGUUUGAUACUAGAGUGGAUAUGUACAAUGCACUGGUAAUGCCAUAUUUUAACUACUGUGGUGCCGUAUGGGGUAAUAUCAAUAAGGGACUAGCAGACAAACUUCAAAAGCUGCAGAAUAGGGCUGCUAGAAUUCUCACCUUUUCUAACUAUGACGUUCGCUCAAGUGUUUUGUUGGAUGAGCUUGGCUGGGAAAGGCUAGAAUAUGUAAGACUUAAACAGUUGGCUGUGACAAUGUAUAAAAUCCAUAAUAAUCUUUCCCCAUCGGGAUCUUUACCAACACCUCAAAUGUACAUUCACAAAAUCUUAGAAAUUCUGAGUUAAAUUAUUAUGUCCCCAGAAUCAGAACUGAGUCUGCAAAAGGGAGCCUACACUACAGAGGAUCUGUUCUGUGGAACAAGAUUCCCUCAGAAAUUAGAAAAACUGCCUAGUUUAAAUGUUUUUAAAACUUCAAUUCAUGGGAAACAUUUUUCUGAUACACCAUGACCCAUUGUAACUUUUAUUAUUCAUAAUGUAAGUUUUUGUAUUUUUAACAUUAUAGUCAAUAGUUCCUUAGAGUAUUUUAGUCUAGUUUUAAACACGAUUGCUAAGAAGACCAUGUAAAAUGAUACGAUUUCGUGUAUAAAUAAAGAUUGAUGAUGAUGAUUAUGAUGAUCAUGAGCGUGCAAUGCAAGCUACUGCAUUUUAGUAACGAACAAUCCCAAGCACAAGGUCUAGAGUAUAAAAGAAAAUACGAAUUUGCUUAAACCCUGAUCUCCUGGAUAACCUGAAGACCCUAAACAACAGUGUAAUACUACCGUGAGGUCUCAAACUACCAGCAGAUCAGUUUCUUAACUUUCUGUUCUUGUAAUGUUUAUAUGUUUAGUGUGGUUUUUGUGCGUUGUUGCUCAGGGCUCCCAUUGAUAACAGACAGCUUUUUGCGUCUGAAAGGGCUACCCUGAGCGGUAUAAAUUAAUAAAGUUUCUUCUUCUUCUUCUUCUUAACAUGGAUUUAUUGUUUUGUGUUAUCUUUGGCAGCCAUGUGUUAUGUAGCUGUUGGUACCUCCUAUAGCUGGUUUGAUCCUGUUCUUGGACCUCACCUGCAGUCGGUAAGAUCUAUGUCACGAAGCUUUGGGACAAAAAUAAGAUUUCCUUAAAAAAAAAAACACUCCUGUGAUGACAGAUAAUACUUAACUGUUUUACCUCCCUCCCUACAUGUGACAUCCUGAAACCUGCCGGUUUUAAUGGCGUUGCAUUCAGUACCGUGUAACAACAAUGUGUCUUCAAAGAAGAUCAAAUUUCUGUUUUAAGACAGAGUCGAUCCAAGCGGACUUUAAAACAAUUUUUAAGUCAACGCUUGACAGCACACUUCAGUUAGAAAAAACGAACAGAACCUAAUACCCAAGCCAUUGGAGGAAAGCCCUGAAUUCAGGCCUGAUAAAACUUUCAAAAAAUAAACUUAAUAGUAAGUAAUAUGGAAUAAAAAACUUUCCUCUGGAUUAUACUAUUAGAUCUAUGGAAUAUGUAUUAUAAUUUUUACGAUUUUUUAACACCCUUUUCAAUUUUUCACAGCUAAGUCGCAUUCAAUUAUUGGGGUAGAAUUUUCAUAUUUUGAAACCUUUCGUUUAGAAAAUAGGUGGGGGGGGGGGGGGAGGGAGAGAAACCAAAAGGUGAAAAACGGGAGACAGAAAUUAAACUACCUGCUCCCCUACCCUCCACUUACGAAAAAUUGAAAUCGAUCAGAGAGGAAAUCAGUCAACCAUGAUAGUAGAGAACCACGAGUAAGAGGACAAAACCCACAGAUUAGUUUCUUCCAUAAACGCACUAUGGUAGCUGAUGUUAGAGUUGCACGUUUCACAGUGCAACACCCCUUCAGGUUGAGGCAGGUCGCGCUACUUUAAGAUGCACUGCCUAAACCAGUUGGAAUAUGACGACUGUUACCGAUGAAGUUUGAACUGAUAGUACGAUCCUUCACACCCAGAUGUUUCUCUAUACUGCAGCAGAAGGCCUUCAAACCCUUAACGGCUCUUGUAAAUAUAACUUUCAGUUGGUUGCUGUGGUUUUCAAUUCUGUCUGAACCAACCAGUUUCUUAUUUUCAGGAGGUCGGAAUGAAUGUCAAGGAUGUAGGCCUGGUAUUUUUCUGUCAUGCUCUAAACUACACUAUUUUUUCGAUCGUUCAUGGAUGGGUUGGAAAUAUGACCGUAAGUGUUUUUGGAAUUUUCCAGGGCUUUUCCAAUGUUUAAUUCUCAUCCCGGCAAAACUUUCGGACAUAGUUCUACAACGCUUAUUUGUUGAAUGUUUAACACCAAUGUUGCCGUUUGUUUAACAUUAUCAUCACCAUAUCACAAAAUGUCAAUACUUACUUACUUUGACACAAUAUUAUCGUUUUGUAAAGUACUGUUACCGAUGCAUGGUAGUAUUUGGUUUCAUUGGCGUGGGGAUGACUACGUUGCUGCUAGGACCUGUACCAUUUCUGGCGUCGACAUUGCCUGCAAAGUAAGUAUACCAUCAACUGAUGUGAUACAACUCACUUUGACGCUGGAGAUGACUACUGCACAGGUUGUCGAAACGUCAGUCACUGUCAACAACAACAGUCCUGUUCAGGACUACGUUCACCCGGACGAUCAUACUCAACGUACUUAUGAAAUGACUCCUCCGUUCAAACCUUUCACAAAGUAAGAAGAAUUGGCAAAUUUCAGCUUUAUCUCCGAAAUCUCUCGUCUUCCCUUUCCAUAUUUAGGGUGUUUGUUGGUGUUGGGGAAAGUAUUGUCAUUUAUCUAGAAGUUUGCUAGCUUUUCGAGGGAUAUUUUAAACGCUAAAAUCUAAAAUUUUCACCUUUAGAAUUGUUCUGGUUCCUUUUGGGAUAUUGGACAGUAAAGCAAUGGGACCUACUCUACAAUAUAAAGCUUUUAAAAUUCUUCACGAGUAGUAGACCAGAUUUAUUGACAUUAGAAAUGGUAAAUGCCAAUUAAUUUCUUGUUGUAGACUUGGUACCCCUUUGGGGUGAAAAUGGAUUUAAGCCUGACUCUUACAGACCAGAUUCUGAUACCUUUAAAGCCUUUUCUGACUGGUAUAAUACUUUCAUUUUAUAGAGUGUCCUCCACCCCGGUGUUCAAUGUCUUUUCGAUUUGAGUUUCACUUAAAGUGAUGUUACAAGAGGCGAUUUGCAACAACGAGCUUUAGGGCAACAAUUUUGGAACAUUGUUGAAACAACUCGAAACGAUGUCGCAACAAUGUCGUGUUGCACUAAAAAUGUCGUUGCAAAUCGUGCCGUGUAGCACCGCCUUUAAAUAUUGGUGACUGCAACAUCUGCUGAAACUAUCCUUCGCCAUCUUUUUUUCAGUCAGGCGUGGUUCAUUUAUUUGGUCAUGGCAGUAAAGGGCUUUUUCGAUGGAGGGUUUGCGGUCAUAUUGUUACCGAUGUUAAAAGGAACUUGCUUGUGAGUUUUGCAAACAUCGCUGUUAACAUGAAGUAGGACUACGAUUGAAAAUUAAAUUGCAUCAAACAAAUGUUGCAAAAGCUUGCAGUACGACCAAAAUAUAUCUCUAACUGAAAUAAAUUUAAAUGAAACCACUAAAAGUCAGUUUGCACUCGAAAAUUCUCAACAUCCAAACUUUGUUGCUUUGUUCGAUCAUGAUAGUAUCCCCUUAAGACUCAAUAGAAGCAUCCAGUCCUUAUUGAAUACAUAGUCACUUAGUACAGUACGUGUAUCUUCAAAUGGAUGAAGCAUAAUAUAUACGGUAACUGGAGCAUAAUUGAACCAUUUUUGGACUGUAGAUGCGUCUUCUCUGACAAUUACAAGUGCUUGAAGAAUUUGAAAGAACCCACAUAGGGCCCACACAAUCUGUGUGACGGUUCGUAUGUAACAAUUAAGAGAAAAUUUAUGGGAACAACGCAAAAGGUUUUCAAGAUCGUUAUAUACGGUGAUGAAUAUUAACAUACAAGAACAACAUAAACAUAUUUUUGCCUAAAAUGUUAUAAUGUCACUCUUGUGGUUGAAACGUAAGGAUUUUAGCGAUUUUAAGGGUUUUGUGUUGGACGUUUACUUGAGCGUUUAGUAAAGAGACAGGUAGGAUAACUUGGCGCCUUAUAACGCUGGACCGGUCCAGCACGAGCCGAUUUUAACCAGCAAAUCCCCACGACACUGCUUCCAAACCACUCACCUGCCAAACUGAAAGCCAGAGGAUUCUUCUCUCUACUAUACGCCAUAGUUAAAUGCCAACGCCCAAAAUUUCCUUUUUUUCUUGCGCAUUGGCGCUAAAGUGGCUUGAGGAACUUAUUUCAGAUUUGGAGAUACUUUAUAAAUAUGUGAUGUUUAACUGCAUGCUAAACAAAUGCUAAUGUUUUGUAAAACGGAGGUUUGUGGGUCUCAUUGAAAUGGUCCUCAGUACAUUUCUUUUUACUAGAAUUCAAUAUCUCCCCUCUCUGUUAGAUCGCAUGGAAUUGCAGAUGACGUAUCAACAAAUGGAACGCUAUCAGGCUUGGUUGUCACCACGCUGUAUUUAGGGUGAGUUUUCCUUACGAAUGUACACCGUGUUUUUCUUAACACUGGAUGGUUAAGGAUAGUCCCAUAUUGCAUGGGAUAAAACACAACACAAAAGAAAGGAAAAAAGUUAAAUGUAAUUCAAGACACCGAAUAACACUCAACUAAAAUUCUGUUAGUGAGGUUAGCUUAUAAAGAAACUGAGGUGUUAUAUUGGUGGGGGAGUGAAAUACAACUAAGUUGAUAAAGACUAUUGGCCGCCAGAAUCCCUCUAUCCGGUGGCCAAUAUACUCAACCAACUCAGCUGUUACGACCACAUGUUUGCAGAGCUCAGUUAGAGCGGUAAGGUUGGACGCAGUCAACUGUAUUGGUUAGUGUAACGGAGCUAAAUAAAGGACUUAAAUUAGGAUAGUAGCUCUGGACCUGGUCUUGGGUAGGGUAUCCAUUUGAACUGCGUUUCGAGUAUAUUCGACCUCAUUUGACCAGGUGCGCGGGUAGGAGUCGCUUUAGGCCAAAAUGAAAGGAUACGUUUUUUGGGGUACACACUCAAGAUUCGUACCUGCAGUAAUCAUGAAUAGUCACCAUAAUAGUUAAAAAGGAAUACUUUUUUUUAAUUAGUUCAGUGUAAAAGUGAAGAUGAUAAACAGUGUUUUCCUUAAGUUGAUGUCCUAUUGAUAAACUUUAAAGCCAUUUGGCAAGGGUUGUACAAAAUUCCCAACAAUAGACUAUUCAUCAGAAGGCAAAACAUAACUUGAGAGAAGGCUACAGCGCCUAUUGUUAUUAACUGAACUGAGUCACCAAAAUUAUUUGGUUAAGAUUAGAAGAUAUCCUUUUGAAAAUAUGGGCAAAGGGUAGUUUUUAGAAAUACUUAAACGGAAUCCUUUAUCCUUUACUAGUAUGGUUACAAUUGCCGUUCCUUAUUAUGAUUUUUUUUGUAGCCAAAACCGCGGGGCGGAUCUAAUGCUAGGCUACUGUUUCUUUAAAAGUAUUUGACAAAAAAGUGUCACCCAAUCUUUAAUUACAGAGUCACGAUAGGACCCACUCUAGCAGGGGUAGUGGAUGAGAAAUUUGGGUUUCCCUGGGCCGCAACGGUAAGACAUCUUUGUGUUAUUAUUUUAAGGUAGAAUACACUGUUUACGAUUUUGUAUUCCACGUUAAUUUAGUUUUUAGAGAUGAAAAUAGUACGUAUAAGCACGACUAGACCGAAUUUGGGUUUAAAACAAAAUUUUAGUGGCACAUUAUUUGACGCAGCACUUUAAUUAACUUUUUAUAAACACAAAUGAAGCUGGUUACCUGAACGUGCGGGUCCGGGGGGAAGUCCCUUACAUAAGUAAUAUAGGGUAUGCGACGAACCAAAGGGUGUGGUUUUUGGUUCGGUUUGGUCUGAAAGCGGUAAAAGACAUUGCCCAUUUUGGUCUUGCCAGGAAAUUGGGUAUGAUUUUCCACGGAACUGCGGGAGCGUGUGAACGUAUUUAUUGUUUCAAUUCCAAAUGAAUGAGAAAGAAAGUAGAAAUAUGAGAAUUCAAAAAGGAUUAAAAGGUUUCGUUUAUCGUUUGUCUGCUGGUCUUCAUUAAGCGAGAGUGUCGAUUUACUGAGUAGGACUAUUUGUACCACCAUGGCUGUUAGUUUUUGGUUUAUCACGAGCCUCACUUAUGGCUGGUGGAGAUGCAGUAGUGUAUAAGAUUCCUUGUCAGGAUUUGAAGAGUUUGGCGGCACACCCCCACCAAGAAUUCCUAGGAGUACCCCCGGCAGUGCAGGGCGCACUCCACUGAGUGCAGAACUGAUAUCUAACCUGGUACACUGAUCUCUCUAUAAAUAAAUGCAAUUAAAACUGCCCUAGAAAAACAAAGGCAGUCGUCCGUUAGUAGGACAGAGACGUUUUUGGCUUUGAAAGGAAGGAUAUUAAAAAAAAGGAAAGUAGGGAAGUAAAGAGGUUUGUAUUCCGUUGACUGCGGUACAGAGCCAUAUCAUCUCAUCGCUGAUAAUGACCGAAAUGCUUUGUAGAAUACAGCAAACAAAACAAGUGAUGGGAACAGGGGAAGGAGAAAAGAGGAUUCUAUUGAUCUUGCCCCUGUUCAGUGUUAGUAAUGUGGAUAGUGCUAUUCACGGGGUAAAUCAUUAUCUAGUGGAUAAGUGUUUUAAAAAACGAUUGCAUUUUCCAGUAGACAGAGAUUUUUCCCGUAUGUAAUCGAAUCCACUUUUUGAACAACCAGGCCAGAGUCAUGGCACUCAAAAUAUUUGUCUUUGGAGAGGGAGCGGGCACUCCCUUAAAGCCACAUUGAUAUGACAGGAGCUAAAGGGUGAGGUUUGUUCAUUUGUAGUUAGAAAUAGGGAAUUGUUUGGUGUGUGUGAUUGGGUACGAUUUGUUUAAUGUGAAGCUCUUCUCAAAUGUUUUGGCAAACGAAACAACUGUAUGUAUCGGCGUUUGCGUGGUUUAAAGGUCUCGUCUGUACUAGUGUAUCAAAUUUUGGGUCUGAUCUAAAAUGUAGGGAAAAUCGUAUAUUUUGGUCUGAAAUAGGGUAAGGUUUGGAGAAGCAAGCCCCACACUCCGCCCAAACUGUUCGUAACCUCGCUCCCCAAAAUAUGAAAGAGCCAAUGUAGAUUGAGCAAAAGAAGUAGUCACAUGUACAUAUCAAUACGUCUUUUUCAGGUUGAGGGGCUUAUAUGCAUUUUCCAGGUAAACAAGGCCAUUACUAUUCUUAGUCUAAAUCAAAUGUAAUUCUAGAAACUAUACGUGCCCUUAAAAAAACAAUGAAGCCAAAAUCUCACAGAAAACAGGAAAAUCCAGCUCCGACAAUCAAUAGCAUCACCAUGAAAGAGGAUAAGCAGAAGAAUAAGCGAAACCACUGCUGUUAAGCAUAAACAUUUUGCUUGGAUAUAUAUCAGGAAAUCUAUGCUUGUCUCAACACUAUUUUCAUAUAACUUAUCACAUUCUGACUAGCCUGCGUAGCUGGCGGGAUUUUUGUGCCCGGGGUAGUUUCUCAGAGCCACCACGCGAAGCGAGCAGCGUAGUCGUAAAGGAAAAUCCCUCAAACUGACUUCUUCUCGAGGCUCCGCCGCCAAAACAAUACAGCACUCUCCACGCUAAUCCCGCCAGCUACGCAGGCUACAUUCUGACUCUAACUUAGGCUCGAUUUCGAGGCUAACUUUAACUUGGACGCUAUUUGCAAAACCUGGCGAUCGCAUAUUGCGGGAAGAAAGGUCAACUUUUCUUAACAAAAUAAAUGAAAAAAUAAAUGUCUGUAAAUACAUUUACCAGUUACUAAUCGAGCUCGAGGUUAGUAUUUUAAGUCACAGAGUAUUUUUUCGUUGAUUUAUGGCUUAAACGCGAUCCGAGGUUAAUUGGUCGAGCGGACUUUUAAAUUCAAAGAUUGAACCCCAGAGGUCUUCAACAACAUGUAGCUUUUGCACUUGAUUUCGACUCUCAACGCUAAUCGUUUUCCCAGGAGCUUACUCUAAGGGUUAGGGUUAAGAUUAGGUUAGUAUUACAUCGAAGAUCGAAGAUCUUUAACCAUUUUUAAACAUUAAACACGAGAGGUUUUCAUCAACACGCCUCUUUGCACUUGAUUUCAGACUCUCAACGCUAAUCGUUUUUGUUCGGGAGCGUACACUACCCUAACCCUAGGAUUAGGGUUGGGGUUAGGGUUAGGUUAGGGUUACAUUGAAGAUCGAAAUUUUUUCUCUGAACCAUUUUUACAGAUUGAACCCUAGAAUUUGACGACAGGAAUUUUAGCGACUAGUUUCAAGUUUUUCAAGGCUAAUUAUUUUACCAGGAGCCAGCCCUAAAGCUAGGAUUAGGUUAGGUUAUGUUAAGUUAGGGUUACAUCUAAGAUCAAGGAUUUUUUUCCUAACCAGUUUUAAUCUUACUUUCGGGUGAACGGCAAUUUAGAAUGAAAUAUUGGAACUGGAAUUUUAAAAUACGUUUUCCUGAAAAGGGUUUCAUUCUGGGAGCAACUCAAAAUUCAAUUUGUGUUUCUAACAUAAAACAAUUUGGCUACGAAAAGACAGGACCUUUAUCAUCUUGUUCAAAAGCAUUUCCUUGAUAAUUCCUGUAACUGCAUGGUUCUACUUUCAGGCUUUGCUGUAUUUGUUGGUUAUUUUGCAUGAAAAAUUUUCAAGAAGGUGGGCGAGUUUAUUUUAAAAUAGUGACUAACGUAAUAUAACAUCAUAUUCUAGUAGUGGUACACUAGAUUAUCUCCUCUAAAACGUUUGGCCUGCGAAAAGAUACAGUAGAAACUGGACUUUUUCAGACGUUUAAGCACUCAUGAGCGCCUCUCUACUUACUUUCACAGGGGCUAACUACGGUCACAAACCUAAACUUGUGGAUUUUGAACCAGCAUUUGACUUGCUUCACUGCAUGUUCAUUAGUUUAACAAUCUGUGACAAUAGUUCUUUCUUAUAGGUUUUUACUAUAAUGCCUUAAACCGUUAAAACUCCGUGAGAUAUGCUCACUGCUUACUGAGAGAAGUCAUACAUGUAGGAUGACGAUCUAGUAUCCGCGCCUAUUUUACUUUACUAAUAAUCUAUCUAAAUCUAUUCAAAUCGUCCUUCUAAAAGCUUGGGAGAGGCGGAUAACUAAGAAUAAUGUAUCUAAAAACAGUUGAACGAUAAGGAGCUUACUACAAAGAUGAAGCGAAAGAUGCUACGAUUUGUUUUGUAACCUUUUAGCACUUCUUGAUUAGUUCUUUUUUGGAUUAAUUAUUGGUUUCAGGUACAAAACUGCUCCUCAAAUAGAUGAGGAAAGGAAGACCUUGCUGAAGCUCGAUUCCAACUAA